AUAGCCCAAUCUGGAAACGCGAGAGCUGACAAAAUUGCGAAUUCUCUCUCGCUCGUGGCGAUGUCCAUGGAGAUAUCUCUUCUUCGUCCGGCGACUCAGUCGCUUCUCCCAUCGUUUUCGAAGCCGAACCGUCGAGUUCAUUUCUACAAGCCUCUUAGACUCCGUUGUUCAGUAGCCGAUCCUAAUGCGCCAAGGUUUGUGUUGUGGAAUGGGAAACUGAGGCCGGUUCCAUCAAAGCCGACUGAUUUACCGUUCUUCGAUUUGAUGAGCAUUGGUGGGAAGAUCAGGGCUGGUCUUGGUGCUAUCGGCCUUCGUCCACCACCUCCAGGUCGUGAAGAGUCGGUGGAGGAGUUUGUGCGGCGUAACCUAGGUGAUGAGGUUUUUGAGCGCCUGAUCGAACCAUUUUGUUCAGGUGUUUAUGCGGGUGACCCUUCAAAACUGAGUAUGAAAGCAGCAUUUGGGAAGGUUUGGAAACUAGAGCAAAACGGUGGAAGCAUCAUAGGUGGUACUUUUAAGGCAAUUCAGGAGAGGAAAAAUGCUCCCAAGGCAGAACGAGACCCGCGCCUGCCAAAGCCAAAGGGCCAAACAGUUGGUUCUUUCAGAAAGGGACUUACAAUGUUGCCAGAAGCAAUAUCUGCAAGGUUAGGUAGCAAAGUCAAGUUGUCCUGGAAGCUCUCAGGUAUUACUAAGCUGGACGGUGGAGGAUACAGCUUAACCUAUGAGACUCCAGAUGGUGUAGUUACCGUGCAGAGCAAAAGUGUUGUAAUGACUGUGCCAUCUCAUGUUGCAAGUAGUCUCUUGCGCCCUCUUUCUGAAUCUGCAGCGAAUGCACUUUCAAAACUGUACUAUCCACCAGUUGCUGCAGUAUCGAUCUCAUACCCGAAAGAAGCAAUCCGAACAGAAUGUUUGAUAGAUGGUGAACUAAAGGGUUUUGGGCAAUUGCAUCCACGUACACAAGGAGUUGAAACUCUAGGAACUAUAUACAGCUCCUCUCUCUUUCCAAAUCGAGCACCGCCCGGAAGAAUCUUGCUAUUGAACUUCAUUGGUGGGUCUACCAACACCGGGAUUCUAUCCAAGUCAGAAGGAGAGUUGGUGGAAGCGGUUGAUCGGGAUUUGAGGAAAAUGCUAAUAAAGCCGAAUUCGACUGAUCCGCUUAAACUAGGAGUGAGGGUGUGGCCUCAAGCCAUUCCUCAGUUUCUAGUUGGUCACUUUGAUAUCCUUGACACAGCUAAAUCAUCUCUAACCCUAAGAGAAGGGCCUUUGGUUCUCGCAGUCUAA